UUCCUUUUUUUUUUUAAUUGGUUUCAUCUUAAUUUAAUAUUCUAAGAUUAAGUAUAUGGGGGGUCACACUGAUUAAAGGAAAGGCCAACCAGAAAUGAAGUAGAGAUCUUUUUAUUAUAUUUCUUUAACUUUUUCUUGGGCAAAUGAGAUUCCAAAACCUCAAAAAGACAUAAACGUGAAUGAACAUUACUAAAACUCAUCAAUCAAAAAGAAAAGUUCAAAUUUUUAUGACAUGUUCAACCUUAAGCCAUUAGUAAAGCAUGAGUCUUUGUAUUACCCCAGCUCACUAUAAUGCUAAACCUUGAAAACAUCGCAGACAGCAAGUUGUUUUCUUGAACUUCCAUCAUCAAUGGGUUUUUACAUUCAUCACUACUUGCUUGUUUUUAUCUUUCUUGUCCCAACUGUUCUGUGCCAAGUUAAAGAUUUUAUCAGCAUAGACUGUGGUGGUACCAAAAAUUACACUGACCCUAGUACAGGACUAGAAUGGAUUUCAGACUCUGGAAUGAUGAGCCUUGGCACAUCAGUAGUAGUAGAAAACCCAGAAAAGAACUUAACCCAGUACCAAACACGCCGAGAGUUCCCUAUAGAUACCAGAAAAUACUGCUACACUUUGAGAACCCAAGAGAGGAGGAGGUAUUUAGUACGAGCUACUUUUCAUUAUGGCAGUAUUAAAGAUGAAGAUACAUACCCAAAAUUUAAGCUUUACUUGGAUGCUACUGAGUGGUCUACUGUCACCAUUUUUGAUGCCUCAAGAGUCUAUGUGAAUGAAAUGAUUAUCAGGGCACCGUCUGAUUCAAUUGAUGUUUGCAUUUGUUGUGCCACUACUGGUUCUCCAUUCAUAUCCACCCUUGAACUGAGGUCUCUGAAUCUUUCUAUGUAUGCCACUGAUUUUGAGGAUAAUUUCUUCUUGAGAGUUUCAACUAGAGUAAACUUUGGUGCCUUAACCAAAGAUCCCUUAAGGUACCCAGAUGACCCUUAUGACAGAAUUUGGGACUCGGAUCUGGAAAAGAGGCAAAAUUAUUUAGUUGGGGUGGCUUCUGGUACUAAAAGAAUACAAACAUCAAGGGAUAUAGAUGUAAGGACAAGAGAGUACCCACCUGUAAAAGUAAUGCAAACGGCAGUUGUUGGCACAGAAGGAAGGUUAAGCUACAGAUUAAAUUUAGAAGGCUUCCCUGGAAAUGCUCGAGCUUAUGCUUAUUUUGCUGAAAUUGAAGACUUGGGUCCAAAUGAGACUAGAAAAUUCAAAUUGGAUGAACCUAAGAUACUUGACUAUAGCAAUGCAGUGGUAAAUAUUGCUGAGAAUGCCAAUGGAAGCUACAUCCUUUAUGAACCCAGCUACAUGAAUGUGAGCCUUGAGUUUGUUUUCUCAUUUUCAUUCCUUAAGACCCCGGAUUCUACUCGAGGGCCACUUCUAAGUGCUAUGGAGAUCAGUAAAUAUGUUCAAAUUGCUGCAAAGACAGAUAGGCAAGAUUUGAAUGUUAUCAAUGCCCUUCGCUUGAUAUCUUCCGAAGCUGCAUCUACAAAUGAAGGCGAUCCUUGUGCUCCAACACACUGGGAAUGGGUGAACUGCAGCUCCAGUGUACCACUGAGAAUAACAACAAUUAACCUCUCAGGAAAGAAUGUGAAGGGUGAAAUCCCAUCUGAGCUAAACCACAUGACCGAACUAGCAGAGCUGUGGUUGAGUGAUAAUUCUCUCACAGGAAAUUUCCCUGACAUGAGUAAUCUUAUCAAUUUAAAAAUUUUGCAUCUAGAGAACAACCAAUUGACUGGUUCCUUACCUUCUUAUCUGGGGAACUUGCCAGGUUUAGAGGAACUGUAUAUACAGAACAACUCCUUCACUGGGGGCAUUCCUCCAGCAUUAUUUAGUCGAAAAAUAAUCUUUAAAUACCAAGAUAACCCUGGAUUACACCAAGAGGCAGAAGACAAGAAGCACUUGAAGUUGCUAAUUGGAAUUUCAGUUGGAGCAUUUGUCCUUGUGUUAGUUUUAUUCUUGGGAAGUUUAUUAUAUAUCCGAAAUCACCGAAGGAAGGCAUCUCAGUCAAAGAGUGAUGAAAAAGGUUAUUCUCUACGUGCAAGCACCAAGCCUUCAACUUUCUUUUCAGUUUCCCGAGGUAGUCAUCUGAUGGAUGAAGGCAUAGCUUGCUACAUUACGCUUUCUGAUCUUGAAGAAGCCACAAAUAACUUUUCAAAGAAAAUUGGGAAAGGAAGCUUUGGAUCUGUUUAUUAUGGAAGGAUGAAAGAUGGAAAAGAGAUAGCAGUGAAGCUCAUGGCCGAGCCAUCUAGCCAUGGGGAUCAACAAUUUGUGACUGAGGUUGCCCUUUUGUCAAGGAUUCAUCACAGGAAUUUGGUUCCUUUAAUUGGAUACUGUGAAGAAGAACAUCAAAGUCUUCUGGUGUACGAGUACAUGCACAAUGGAACCUUAAGGGAUCACAUUCAUGGUACCACUGGCCAGAAGCGCUUAGACUGGCUACUUCGCCUUCGAAUAGCAGAAGAUGCAGCUAAAGGUCUUGAGUAUUUACACACUGGAUGCAACCCCAGUAUCAUCCACCGAGAUGUGAAAACAAGCAAUAUUCUCUUAGACAUCAACAUGAGGGCGAAAGUAUCGGAUUUUGGACUGUCAAGGCAAGCUGAAGAAGAUUUAACUCACAUAUCAAGUGUGGCAAGAGGAACUGUAGGCUACCUAGAUCCUGAGUACUAUGCUUGUCAGCAAUUGACAGAGAAGAGUGAUGUGUAUAGUUUUGGGGUUGUUCUACUUGAACUUAUAUCAGGAAAGAAACCUGUCUCACAAGAAGACUAUGGAGCUGAGCUGAACAUUGUUCACUGGGCAAGAUCCUUAGUUCGCAAAGGCGAUGUGAUAAGCAUUGUGGAUCCAUUUCUAGCUGGGAAUGUCAAAAUUGAGUCCAUGUGGAGAAUAGCAGAAGUUGCCAUCCAAUGUGUAGAACAACAUGGUGUUUGCAGACCAAGAAUGCAGGAAAUAAUUCUCUCCAUACAAGAAGCCAUCAAGAUUGAGAAAGGCGUUGAAGGAAACUCAAAACUAUCUCCUAGUGGUUCAAAAGCGCUAUCUUCUCGGAAAACUUUACUGACAAGCUUUCUUGAAAUUGAGCCUCCUGACUUGUCAAAUGGCUACUUAGUCCCCUCUGCAAGAUAAUUCUGUAUUGUUUGCUAUCUAAAGACUUACAGAUAACCAAAGUAACAUAUGCUGUCACAAAUGUUUGUGAAUGCUGUUUUGCUUCUAAGACUACAGAAUGGUCAUACCCAAUUGUAAAAAACACCUUUUUGUUUCAUAUUUUUCUUGUGUUAGAAGGCACAAUAUGUAUAUGAACCAACAAAGAAGAUAAGGUUUUGUUCGCUUGCUGAAGUGGGCAUGUAGCUUUCA